AUGCAGUGGGUGCUACUUCUGUUCUUGCUCUUGCUGUGCCUUCAGUCAGGCUCCAGCGAGACGAACCCCCAAGAUGUUGCCGCACUUCAAGCACUGAUGAAGAAUUGGCGGAAUCAACCACAAAGCUGGACAGGAUCCGAUCCCUGCAAACCCUGGGAUGGAAUUUCCUGUUCCAGCGGGAGAGUGACAGAAAUGAGAUUAUCGAGCAUGAAUGUUGCAGGUACAUUAAGCAAUGCCAUAGAUCAACUCUCCGCUUUGACGUAUCUGGAUCUGUCUAACAAUCCAAGUCUUGGAGGUCCACUUACCCCAAAUAUUGGAAAUCUGAAGCAGCUCACCAUUCUGAAUUUACUUGGAUGCAGCUUCACUGGUAACAUCCCACAAGAGAUAGGCAACUUAAGACAGCUCACAUUCCUGGCCCUAAACAUGAAUCAAUUCACUGGCAGAAUACCCCCAGAACUUGGCCUUCUCACAAAUCUCUCUUGGUUGGACUUGUCGGCCAAUCAAUUGUCAGGACAAAUCCCAGUUUCGAGAGGUUCAGACCCGGGGUUGGAUAAACUUGUCGCCACAAAGCAUUUCCAUUUUAGCGAGAACCAGUUGACAGGCCCAAUGGACAGAAAACUUUUCAGUGCCAAUAUGAACCUCGUACAUGUCCUAUUUGACAACAAUAAACUUGAUGGACCAAUCCCCCCAUCCCUUGGGCUUGUCAAAACACUUCAAAUUAUCCGACUAGACCAUAACCAAUUCUACGGUGCGGUACCUGAUAGUAUCGGUAACCUGACUAGCCUGAUGGAACUGAGCUUAGCAAGUAACCAAUUGAGAGGGGCAGUGCCAGACCUCACCAAUGCAACUAAUCUCACUUAUGUGGACAUGAGCAACAAUGCUUUUGCAAGCUCAGGAGCACCAAGAUGGUUUUCGACGUCGACGGCCCUGAACACCUUAUUUAUGGAUGGUAAUGGUCUUAAUGGGACAAUACCCAACGCUCUUUUCAGCCUCCCACAGAUGCAGAGAAUAUCACUAGCUAAGAAUACUCUUGGAGGCUCACUGACUAUGACUGGUAAAAUCAGCUCAAAACUGCGGGUUGUUAAUUUGACAAAUAAUCAAAUAAUCGAUGCUAAUAACGUUGACCCAAGCUACACUGGUAGCCUAAUACUAACAGGGAAUCCUGCAUGCCUAGAAAAUAUCAAUUUCUGCACACUCAAGGAAAAACAGCAAGUGUCAUACUCUACUAGCCCAGGCCCCUGUGGUGCUAUUUCCUGCCCCACUGGUCAGUUACCAAAUCCAGAAACUUCACAGAACUGUGCUUGCACUACCCCCUUCGAGGGUGUGAUGAACUUCCAAGCACCUGCCUUCUCUGACAUGACAAGCCCCGAGUUGUUCCAACAAUUGGAGUCGACGCUUAUACAGAACCUUAGCCUAGCUCCAAGAUCAGUUGCACUUUCCGAUGUUGACUUCAGCCCAGGAGCUCCUCUAAAAUUCAGAUUGAUGUUUUUUCCAGUCAGUGAAAUGGGCUUCAAUCGCUCAGAAGUUAUAAGAAUCAGUUCUGUUUUGGCCAACCAAAUUUAUAAAGCUCCAACUCAAUUUGGACCAUAUUACUUCACAGCAAUCCCAUACUUUGCAAUCCCAAGCGGUAAAAAAUCCUCAAUGCGCAAAGGUGUAAUAAUUGGAAUAGCAAUUGCUGGCUUUGUCCUUAUUGUCGGUCUUGUUCUGGUAGCAAUAUAUGCUCUACGGCAGAAGAAAAUAGCCAAGGAGGCAGUAGAGCGGACUACUAAUCCAUUUGCAUCAUGGGGAGCAGGUGGUAAAGAUAACGGAGACGUACCACAAUUGAAAGGAGCAAGAUAUUUUGUAUUUGAGGAGCUGAAGAAAUGCACCAAUAAUUUCUCAGAAACUCAUGAGAUAGGAUCUGGAGGAUAUGGAAAGGUUUACAAAGGAAAGAUUGCGAAUGGGCAAAUAGCUGCAAUAAAACGCGCACAGCAAGGAUCCAUGCAAGGUGCAGCUGAGUUCAAGAAUGAGAUUGAACUCCUGUCCAGAGUGCAUCACAAGAACCUAGUGAGCUUAGUAGGUUUCUGCUAUGAACAAGGGGAGCAGAUGUUGGUUUAUGAGUAUAUUUCCAAUGGGACACUCAGGGACAACUUGAUGGGUAAAGGAGGGAUACAGUUGGAUUGGAUGAAGCGACUUAAGAUCGCAAUUGGGUCUGCUAAAGGCCUGGCAUACCUUCAUGAACUUGCUAAUCCACCAAUUAUUCACAGAGAUAUAAAAUCAACCAAUAUACUUUUGGACGAAAGUCUAACUGCAAAGGUAGCUGAUUUUGGUCUUUCGAAACUAGUGUCUGACACGCAAAAGGGACAUGUUUCAACCCAAGUGAAGGGAACAUUGGGUUAUUUGGAUCCUGAGUACUACAUGACUCAACAGCUCUCCGAGAAGAGUGAUGUCUAUAGCUUUGGAGUUGUCAUGCUAGAGCUAUUAACUUCCAGGCAGCCCAUAGAGAAGGGUAAGUACAUUGUCCGUGAGAUCAGGACCGCAAUAGACCAGUAUGAUCAAGAGUACUAUGGCUUGAAGAGCCUAAUUGAUCCAGCAAUCAGGGAUUCAGCUAAAUUAGUUGGCUUCAGGAGAUUCGUGCAAUUGGCUAUGGAAUGUGUAGAAGAAUCUGCUGCUGACCGCCCGUCAAUGAAUGAUGUGGUCAAGGAACUUGAGACAAUUUUACAGAAUGAAGGGGGGCCGUUGUUAAAUUCAGCAUCUUUGUCAACUGAACAUUUUGGAGAUGCAACAGGUAGAGGCCAAGAGGAACACUCUCCUAUGAAAGAUGACAGCAGCAGCAGCAGUGCUUUUGAUUACAAUAGUGUAUAUUCAUACUCAGCUGUUGAACCAAAGUAGGAACUAUGUAUUGGUUCUUGCUUAUCUCUACUCAUUGUUUUUGGUGCAUGGUCCAAGUGAAUAGGACACAAGACAUUUAUCGUACAAUAUUCAUUUUCCUAUCUGUUGAUAUAACCGAGGUGGAAUAUGUUAUAAGCAGGCACUUGCAAAUUGUUUUCUUAAGAUAUGACAGAGAGAAUGAUCUAUCGAUAAUAUCAUAACAUUCAUGACCUGUUCUUUUUCUAUCGAUAACCUAAAAUUAAAAUGAAUGAUACUCCCUCUGUAUAAGAGCGUUUAGAUCACUACUUUAGUGAUCUAAAUGCUCUUAUAUUUCUUUAAAGAGGGAGUAUCUGCUAAAAGGAAGAACAUUGUGCAUCUCCAGCAUACAGUUCCAAUCCAUCAUCAAGCCUAGAAACAUCCUUCACUGACUUGAAUCGUUCAUCCGAUUUCUGAUUUGAGUAAUUAGCGGAUGCAAUCUCAACCGUAGUUUUUUUUUCAAAACGACAAAAUGCCAUUUCACAACAUAUAUUUAACCAUUAAUGGCCACUUUUUUUAGUAAACUAAUAGCCUCUGAUUGGCCGUUGAGGUUAAUGAAUAACUGUGAAGUCUAAGGUCCUGUUGGAGUGAGGUCGUAAAGUGGUUGGCAUUGGUGGGUGGUCUGCAGAUAUAAUACAGUAUUAGUGAGAAAAACAAUUUAGUCAACUAUAUUGAUGAAAAACAAAAUUAGAAGAUGCAUUGUGACCGUGUACAUUGAAGCAUCUUUCUUAUGAUUGCAUAACCAGUCACAAAGAUAAUACUGCCUCGAUUACCAUGCACCUUCACUGCACUUUUCUUAUUGGAACAUUGGUCAAUAACUCUAGUCCCUACGUAUAAUGUCGCA